ACCUCGUGUCGCAGAGGUUAGAAAGGGUGGCUGACUAGAGCGCCAACUGUCCUGGGAGAAAAUCAAUCCGCCGAUAAUAUUUUGGUGUGUAAUCGUUAGUAUCUGAAGGAGGACGGCGGCGCCAAGACCACCAUACAUUAAUAUUUAGCAUAACCUGUGAGCGAUGUAUGCCCUCUACAUCCACUUUUGUUAUCCCCAGAGCAUGAGAAAGAAGCCAUGAGUGGGGACACCGUGGAGGAGCCGCUGGCACUCCGUCACAAUCUGGUGGACGAAGCUGCCAAGUUUUUGCUGAAUCCCAAUGUCAUGAACCAUGCAUAUGACCAAAAAACUGCCUUUCUGCACAAGAAAGGGCUAACAGAAGCCGAGAUCCAGGCAGCAUUUUCUAAAGCGAAGACGGUUGCCCCUGCGGGUGCUGCAGGAAGUAGUGUGGUGCCUCAUCCUGGCUUAUAUCCUUGGCCCCCUGGUCCUGCCUACACGGCUCCAGCCCCUCCAUCUGUCUGGAUUAAGAUUCGAGAUGUUUGCAACUUAGUAUUUCUCUUGAUGGGAACUUCAUAUGGUGCAUACCAUAUAUAUAAAAAAUACCUGGGUCCAUGGCUGACAGGACGUCGUCAGAAGACGGUGGAAGAGAGCAUGAUUGAGCUUCAGCAGUCAGUAGUAACUGUGUUAAAGGAGGUUCAGACCACUUUGACAUCACUAGAACAGACACUAGUUACCCAGAAUCUCCGCAUCCAGUCCCUUGGUAUUCAGGAAGAAAGUCGAGGUAAUGUCACACCCAAGCAGCUGGAUCAACUGAAGGGAGAAAUAGCCUCCCUUAAGGGUCUCCUCAUCAAUCGACGGACAUUUCCAUCCACCCCAGGCAUGGCACCAUCCAUUCCCUCCUGGCAGCGGAGCAAGGCAGUGGAGAAACCUGUGGAAACCUCUCCUAGCACGUCUGUCUCUUUGUCCAACCAGGUUGAAGUGAUGGAUGAGAGAGAUACAUCAACAGAAAGUCAAGAGGACCCAAGUGAGACAACAAUUGAUGCAGCGUAUGUAGAGAAGGGAGCACAGAAGAGAGAACAUAUGGCUCAUGUCCCAGAAGCGAAUGGACAUGAUAAGAGUGAACUUUGUGGAGGCGACAGUGGCUCAUUCCCUGACUCGUCUGAUGAGAUGUCCCAGUGAGCCAGUCAGAUGUGCAUUGCAGCAUAUAGUAUACAUGUUAUUCAAGACAUAGAGAAUGUCUGAUGACUUGUAUGUUUUCACGUAUGUAUAUAUAUAUAUAUAUGUCGUACCUAGUAGCCAGAACGCACUUCUCAGCCUACUAUGCAAGGCCCGAUUUGCCUAAUAGGCCAAGUUUUCAUGAAUUAAUUGUUUUUU